ACCAUAAACUUUUUGGUUUUCUAGAGAAAAACUAGAAGUUAAUUUUUUGUUUUUCCAUUAUUACUGUGCCUGUGUCUUGUUUGUCUAACCAGCUCCAGAGCUAUAAGCAACAAGAUUUUGUCCCCGUGGCAGAACCCAACUUAAACAUCUUUUUCAGGUCCUUAAGCAGCCAAGAUGCCCAUCCGUGUGGAUCAAAUGAUGCAACUGCUUUGCCAUGUUUCUCAGGAGAAGGGAAUGACAGCAGCUGUCAAGCACUCUGGUAGAGGAGCACUCCUGGCAGGUGCAACUGCAUUUGUUGGGGGUUUGGUUGGAGGUCCACCUGGCAUCGCUGUAGGAGGAGCUCUUGGUGGACUGCUUGGUGCCUGGAUGACCAGUGGACACUUCAAGCCAGUCCCUCAGAUUUUAAUGGAGUUGCCUCCUGCGGAGCAGCAGAAACUCUUUGAUGAAGCCAUCGCAAUAGUCAGGAACCUAGACUGGACUGAUAUCGCUCAGCUGACUGCACUUGUCAUGGGAAGUGGCCAUCUCCAGCAGCAGUUGGCAGGAGUGGUGAUAAAUUACCUCACCAAAGAGCUAAGUGCAGAGAUAAAGUAUGGGGAAUAAAUCUUCCCAGAGUGUGUUUUUAGAUUGUAGUGAAUUUUACUCUGACAGUUGUGAUUCUUCAAUGUAUCAAUUGUUAGUUAGCUUUACUAGUUAUAAAUGUAGGCAGAUCUAAGUAUUACCUUGCUUUUCUUUUUCUUUUUUUUUUUUUAACAGAAGUUAUUACUGGUUUAUUGUAUUAUCCUGUCACUGCCUUGCUGUGUUAUUUGAAGUACUGUGUGGUGGGAUUGAAUUCAAGAUCACUGAAGGGAAUUCUGGUUCUCUUGCCAUAUAAUGUAGCACUGGGUAAAAUUUUCAAAGUCCUUGUAUUUUAUUUAGGAGAUGUAAUCCUGUUUGUUGAAGUGCUUUAAACUUCUUCUGUGUAUGGCAUGAAUGCUGAGGUGUCAAGGGCACUUUGAAGAAUUUUACCUGGCAUCUGAGUAUUACAAGGGAUAGUUGCAAGAAAUUAUUUCUACUGUGAACUCACAAACCUCAAGCCUUGCUUGAUUUUUUGUCACAUUUUUAUUGUAAUUCUUGGGAAUUCAUUUCUGUAAGAAGAGAAGCCAAUACCUGUUUGGAGGAACUUAGAAGAGCAGGUAAAAUAGAGUCUAAGGAAUUAGCAGUUCCUGAUAUCCUAGAACUGGAAUGUGUGGCAAGGAGACUGGUUAAAAAAGGGGAGUGAGGAAGAAUGGCAAGUCUGACAUUUUUAUAUGUUUAGGAUAAUCAUUUUAGCAUUCGUUUCUCAACUAAUUCUGAACAUCUGGUCCUCUGUUUUCAUUAAAAUAUUCCUAAGAAGCAUCACAA